GAGACCUCCUCACUCCUCAGUCCGUCUCUGUGGAGUUCUUCGUGAAGAUGUCUAGUCUCAUUCUCCGUAUACUGUGGUGUGGGGUUGUAUUAUCCUCAUGCUGUGGACAACAAGUUGGGAACUUCCCUUAUCUAGUAUUCGACAAUGUGAUUCGAAUCAACAGUCUAUUCUUCAGAUCUUGGAAGAGACAAGGUUAGAAAUCAAGCAAAUCAAGGAGGUUCUUCUUCAGAGAAAUCUUUUGCCAUUAGAAGAGAAAAUCGAAGAAAAUAAAGUCGUACUGCAGAGCGUGAAAGAAAAUGUUGCCAAUAUACAGGAAGGAUGUUUGGCUCAGAUGGACAAAAACCACAAGGUCAUGGAACAACAGAUAAACAACGAUCGGGAAGUUGGCGAACGUCUGCUGAGAGAGUGCAAUGAAACUCUAACUGAGGCUUUGGAACGUGUUAAAAAUACACCGGCAAAACUUCCUCGGGACUGCAGUGAAAUACUUAAGACCGGCGAAACUCUAAACGGCGUCUACCAUAUAUUCCCCACUGGUAUCCGGAGCGGUGUGUCCGUAUACUGCGAUCUCCAGACAGAUGGAGGAGGAUGGACAGUCAUUAUCCAGAGACAGGAAGAAUUCCCCCCAUUGGACUUUGCCAGAACUUUUGAAGAAUACGCAAGAGGAUUUGGUCGACCUGAUGGAGAAUUUUGGAUCGGAAAUCGGGUCCUGCACGCCAUGACGGGGAGUCAGCCCCAGAUCCUUCGGGUGGAAGCCACAAACCUCCAAGGAGACUCUAGGGAAGCAACCUGGGCCACAUUCAGCGUCGGUUCCGAGGCGACGCAGUUUGAGCUGUCUGCGGGAGGCUACUUAUCAAACAGCACAAUGGGGGAUGGCCUAAUGCCUCCAUCUAGUCCUCGACAUCACGCUAGCGGUAUGAAGUUUUCCACUACUGACAGGGAUAACAUACAUAAAUGUUCAAAAUUAGGCGAAGGUGGCUGGUGGUAUAACCACUGUUAUGGAAUCAACCCAACAGCGCCCAGGGCCCAAGUCGGCAUCAUUAAGACGCUCAACUAUUUCUUCUGGUCGAAGACAGGAGAAACCGACUACACCGGCCUCUCUGAGAUACGCUUCAAGAUCCGACCCAGGGAAUAAGGACGGCUGAUAGUCCCAAGUGAAUUUGCGACAGACUUCCAUUCCUGGAUUUUUGGGGGAAAAUGAAUAAGAUGAUUUCCUUCAUACAUGUGUUAUUUUCCAUAGUAUAAAGGUAUAAUAUUCAUAGAUAUUUCAAUUUGAAGAACUAAGUUCCUCUGUGCAGUGUAGCUAGAUAUUUCUUAGGGAAGAGAAUGUAAAAUGGUGUUUGUUCACAAAUUUUUUCAAGUAGUUCACUAGGUUUAAAUUUUCUGACUUUAAUGAAUACUAUGUCAAAUAUAUAUUUACUUGUAAAACAAUACUUUUCUUAGAAGAAAAUUGUAUUUUAUCCAGAUAAUAUUAAUUUCAUAACCGUAACAUUGUUCUUGUGAAAUGUUUCCUGCACUUAUUUUAUAGCACUUUGAAUAAAAUUUGCAUUUUUAUAAUUUC